AUGGCUUCAGUAACUUAUAACAAUGCCAAAAAGUAUCGCUUUCUUGGCCUGGAAGAAGAGGAGACAGAGAAACCUCAAACUAAUACUUUACGUGAAAAAAUUAUGAAAAACCUUGUACGGAGACAGUUAGCCACCCACACAUCUUUGGAGCAGCAACUUCAAAAUCAAAGAAAUUUCAUGAGAACCACAGCUGAAGAAUCUAUUACAGCUAGUACUAGUGGACUAUCAUCAUGUGAAGAUUACAAAAAUUUAGAAGCUUCAUUGAAUGUAAAGCAAAUUUUAAAGUCAAGUGGACUUUCAGAAUCUGAAAUUGAUCUCUUGAUGAAUGAAAAUGCAAGUAAUACUUCCCUUGAAGCACCCCAGGCUAGAGAAGAGAGACUUGUAGCUAUAGAAGAUAAACUGCUCAAACGGCAAGAACAGCUUGAAGCAUUUUUGUGCAAACAAGAACAUUUUAAUGGAGCGGUUCCCCUGAAUCGCCAUGACUUUGAAGAAGAGUGUAUUGUCGUUCCAAACAGUGCUGUAGCUGAAAAACUCACUGCCUGUCUUGUUCGUCUUCAGCCACAUCAGGAUGAUACCAUUCCAGCAGACCAUCCCAUUCACUAUAUUAAGCAAUUGGAAGAAGAUUUAUUUCCAAGAGAGGCUGCAAAUAAUGAUGCAAACCCACAGAAACGUGAUAUUGGAGAAUGUUCUACAGAAGGUCCUGCAAGGAAGAGUAGAAAAAAGCUACAAUCUGAUAUUAUUUAUUUGUCAGAAAAACCGAAGUCUUUGUGGGAUAUGAAGAAAAUACCUAAAGUAGUUAAAAGUCAUCAGACUUAUUCACCUUUUUUACCUGAAGACAAUGUUGAGGAUGAAAAGAGUAACAUUUGUGGGAUAAGAGAGAAACACAAGAAGCUUAUUGCUAAUAAAACUAAACCCUUUGUUUUGACACUUACAAAUAGUGAUCUUAUCCCACUGGAAAGUAUAAAAUCAAACAAGAAAAGUAUUGAGGAACUCAGGAAUAUGGAAAAAUUUAAGAAAUAUGAUCCAGGAAAGCCAUCACCUGUAUUAUACAUUAAAAACUUAUCUCACAAGACCACUCCUCAAGACCUAGCAUCUCUUAUGGGACAUUUUGAAAUUCUAAAUGGACCUAAAAUUAUGUACAGAAUACUUGAUGGUCGUAUGAGAGGACAAGCAUUUGUUACAUUCCAAAAUGAAGAAGUGGCAACAAAUGCUUUUAUUGUCUGUAAUGGUUAUAUAUUGCAUGAUAAGCCUAUUGUAAUUGAAUAUGGGAGGAAAUAGAUAUGGGAAAGAUAGAAUGAGAACUUGUUGAAGUGUUUAUAUGAGAUAAUCGGUAAAAGUCGGAAAUACUGUACUAAUUCAAAGUUUAAUGUGUGCUCCUUCAACAAGACCUAAUUCCUAAAUUAUUUAGUUAAGGAUUUUUUCCAAGUUUCUAAUCUUCAGGUGUUACAAUAAUUUCAGGCAACAUUUAGCUGAAUAUUGAGAUAGAGAACCUGAAAUUGGGUCUAGGAUGACCUAUUUUAAAUAGGUUAGGCAGAGUUUUAAAAGGGUUCUUAAGGAAAAGUACUGCUGUUUUGCAUCAUUUUGUUUUCCCUCGGGAGGUGUUCCUCAUAUUUUGCAAAAUCUCAUGAUUCAUAAGGGCUGGAGGGUUUUUACUGUAUUGUAUUGUACAGUACAGUACAGUACAGUACAUGUUAAAUACUGUAAAUAAAGUUUAUGUAAAAACAUAGUAAUGUACUGUACUCACCAAUGAAAAUGAUGCUGAUGAGAUGACAAUAAUAUUGGAAGGGGUUUGAGAAGUUGCUUAGCACUUUUGGGGAUACUUGCACACACACUUGCACAAAUAUUUUCCUCAUUUUUCCUGAUUGAGCGCACAGUUGACUCGUUAACACCAUAAUGGCGUCCCACAGCUACCACACUAUCACCCUUAGCAAAGUGAAUAAGCAACUCCACUUUCUUCUGGCUCUUUCCACUUGAUCCACUCACCCUACUCAUUGUAUGUUUAAGAAGCAUCACUAAGAACAAAAAAUCACCAAAAAAGAGCAAUAAUAUGUGAGCUGUAGGUGUUACUGUGAGGGAGACAGAGAGCAUGUGCGGUGUUACGGUCAUGUACAGUAAACACAAAGUGACUGUGGAACAAUGGGAAUAACACGACCUGUGAAUAAUGAAAUCCAUGAAAGUUAAACCUGCAAAUGUUGCUGUUAAUUCUUUUUGGAUGCAUGACAUGAUUGUUUCUUUGGACUUUCAUAAAAAAUAAAUGUAAUUAACCUAUAUGAAAUUUAUAUUUAUUGUGAAGACAAAACUGGAAAUCCCAAAGAUUAUUUUUUCUUAGUGUUAUUUUGUAGAGCAUAAGCAACAAUAAAGUUUUGGAAAA